AUGGGUGGCCUGAGGUAUUUUAAAUGGCAUUUCUGGCGGAAAAAGUCCUCAGAAGAACGUCGAGUGACACUUAAUCACUCGAAAAGCAACAGUCUGUCUGCAGAGAGUGCAAACCGUCGAUUUCCCAAGAAUGAGGCCGUCUCUUCACACUACACCUGGUGGAACUUCCUUGUGUUGGAUCUAUUUGAACAGAUGCACAGUGUGGCCAACUUCUUCUUCACAAUGAUCUCCAUCAUUUUCUUUUUCAGUGAAACACCCAUCUCUCCGGCCACAGUCGUGGCGCCCCUCAUUGUAGUGAUGAGCGUGCAAAUAAUCAAGGACGCCGUCGACGACAUUGGACGACAUCGAAACGAUAACAAAAUCAAUGACACGCGCUUUCCCGUCUGGGUACACAAGACACAGGGAUAUGAAACCGAAUCUUCUUGGGCCAACGUUAAAGCUCGGAAUAUUCGAUGUGGUGACCUUGUCCUCUGCAGGGAGGGUGAGUCCUUCCCCUGUGAUACUCUCCUUCUUGCUUCCAGUAACCUGGAUGGCAAGGUAGCAGUAACGACCGGCAAUCUGGACGGGGAGUCCUCUGUAAAGACCCGCUUCGCUCUGCCAGCCACACAAAAACCCUUUGAAGUGCUUUUGAAGGAAUUCAGCAGUCCUGGAACUCUUGGGAGCGUUUUCGGGAACAUUAACUUCCCGCCGGUUGCUCAUGUUGUAUGUCAGGAGCCUACAGAUGACUUCGGAACAUUUGAGGGAAGACUGGAAUAUGCCAACGGCUCUGCCGCCGCCGCCGUCGACGUCAACGUCACAGACGGACUGCUGUCGAUUCCUCUGACAAUCGAAAACAUCGGCCUCCGAGGUGCAACCCUGCGAAGCAGCAGCGUCGUCUGUGUCGCUAUAUACACCGGCAAAGAUACAAAGCUCUCCCUGAAUGCUAAAAGUGGCCACCUGAAAACCAGUUCCACAAAGCAUCGAUUCAAUUCCAUUCUCCUCAUCUUUAUACUGGCAAUGCUCAUCUUCACAGUUAUUUUUGUCGGCGUUGAGUACGCCUGGCAAAAUACAGUUUCAGGUUCUGGUUGGUAUCUCGUCCACGGUCAGUUAACGGCCUGGAAAGUAACACAGGGGGCCUUUGACGUGGCCAUUCUCAUGAAUUACCUGAUCCCCAUAUCAAUGAUAGUCAUUAUGGAGAUUGUGCAGCUAUUUCUGGCCCUUUAUGCGGCCAAUGAUAUCGCAUUUCACGAAAAGGAGUCAGGUGAACGCUGUCAGGUGAACGCCACCAAUAUCGCCGAAGAGUUAGGCCAGGUGGAAUUCCUUUUUAGCGACAAGACUGGCACUCUGACGCAGAACAAAAUGGAAUUUCGGUGUUUUGCGUUGGCUGGCGGAGAAAGCAUAUACAGCCUUGAACAUAAUGGUCUUCAUCAAAUGCCUGCCGGAUCAGAACAGUAUUCUGAUGGAGAAGCCUCGAAAGACGAGGAUCAGUUCAUGGAUUUUGGCUAUGAGUCCUCAGAGGACGACGAAUCAGAUGUCUACCAGGGAGAUGCUGAUAACAAGACGAAGCAUGAAUCUAGACAUUGGAGUACCGGUGGGCAGCUAGUGGAGGCAUAUUCAGAGGAGAUGGAACUCUUUUGGAGAGUAGCCACUCUUUGCCAUUCCGUGGAAGUGAAGACCUCAAGGGGAACUGAAGAACAAAAGUAUGACGAUAUGUGUUACAGUGUAAGUGCCAGUGUCAAGGUCGGCAUGCUCAUGACUAUCUUACCAGACCGUACUUCUUCUCCCUCGCUUGGUUUGUCUCUUCCAGGCCGCAUCACCCGAUGAACUGGCUCUGGUACAAGCAGCCGCCAAAUGCGGCUUUAUUUACAUGGGAAAGGAGUCCGCUGGGGAUGAGUGGGUCGACCUCGGACGUGAGACAGUCCACGCCCUAAGACUGACAGGGCUCGCGGAGAGACCUGAACACAAGCUACUGCGGUUCUACCUGGGCGGCACGUUGGAAUUCGAUGCAACCAGGAGGCGGAUGUCUGUCUUGGUACAGUCAGUCAGUGAUAAUCGCUGCUUUAUCCUCAGCAAGGGGGCCGAGACUGCGAUGUUGAGGCAGCACGUAAGUCGUGAGCCAUUGAUUGCAAUUACAGCAUUUUAAUGUGUUUAAAUGAAUUUCUGUCAUUCCUAAACUGCGCGGUCCAAGCAAAUGAAGUCUAGUUUUCGCAAUUUAAAAUCUACCGAGUCACCUCUAACUUAAUAAUCCCAUCAGAAAUUCGCCAGAGAGGUCCAUCCACUCAUGCCCAGAAAACAACUGGUAUCGGAUAAUCAUCUACUCGUGAAGAAGGGGACACGAUCGCUGGGACAAGGGCUUUAUUAGCCUGACGUUUCGGAUUCCUACUCGAAACCAUCAUCAGAGACAAAAUCAGAUGCGGGUGGUUCAUGCACAAGGGGCCGCAGUAUUUAUAGAAUGCAGUCGCCAUGCCACCGUGGCUCCCCCCUCCCCAGGAAUCGUCGCAGUUGGUGUACUAAUUGUUGGAUGGCCGUCACUCGCGUCGUUAAUUGCGAUAAUUUCAACACGUGUGUUGGAUGUUGGUGUGAUGAUUGCUCAACCAUCUGAGACACCGUCCCUGGCGUUGAGUGUCCAACUGUGCGCUCCCCGUGCGGUUAAUUACUCCGCCUGGGCGAAGUCAUAGCGUCAAGUAUGGAAGGGAAAGGCCUCGUCGAAUUUGAAUGUGUUGCCGGAUCUCAUCGAAUGAGUCGCAACUUGAGAGCUGGAGUCAUUUCUGCACACGGCUGCAGCGUGUUCAGUUAUUCGCGUUCGGAGCUGUCUUCCAGUUUCGCCGCCGUAGUUACUUUGUCUGAAACUUCACCAGAUCCGAUAAACGACUCCAGAAGUUUCUUGCCGUGAUAGCUGGUCUUUCGGUUUCAUUACCUGACGUCUGAUGGUCGCUUCCGGUCUGUGCGCAACUCCAACCCAAAGUAGUGUGAGAAGGCGGUCGACAGCUUCCGAAACGUUCGUCGACUCUGUCAAAGGCGACUGACCUGAAAGCUCAACCGUCCGAAGUAACGAUGCCAACCACACAUUCCAGGGGGUGGGCGUAUUGCCGGUGACUUGAAUGUGGAUUAGUUUUUAGUGGGACGGACUUCUGCUCCAUCCACCGCACUCUCUCCCUCUCUUCCCCCGCCCACCCUGCUCCAGUAAAAAGAAAAUUUCGGGACGACCUAAUGGGGCCUGUCAGAAUGGUUGACAUAAUUAAACAUUUCGUCAUGGUUCUCACCUCAGCUAUCCCAAGGUGUCAAAAAGGCAACUCGGAUCUUGUAUCAGUCAGAAUGCUAGAAAGGACGCAUUGAGGUCAAAUCCACAGUCCUCAUCGAGAAGACUGAGUUAUCUCGUCACAUGACAAUCUUGCAAGCCACGCUUCUUAGCGUGCCGAGAUAGAAUCGAGCGCAUCUGAUUUAUUUUGACGAGGAGGACGAGGAUUAAGUGUGAAAGCGGAAUCGUCUACGUAGGCCCUAAUCUCUCUUUCUCUCACGUGCCAGUCGAAUACCCGAGUCCGUCAGUCAGGAGUGACGCUGACACAAGCCGUCUACACGUGCCACACACGAGCUGGGUCUCGCGGUGUGCAUAUGUACACUCCAAGACAACACACAUGAGUGAGAGCAAAUGGUGGGUAGCCUAUCAUGUUCGUUGGGGCAAAUGCCGACAAAGCACGCAUUAGUGAUCUGCACUGGCGAGUGACACAGCACCUCUUUAGCUCCAUUUUCUUCUCUCAUCGGUAUCGGUAUGCCGCGAUGAACAUAAGCACCAAAAACGGACGUUAUAGUCUGCCUUCCUUACUUAAAAUCCCUUUCGCAGCGCGUGAACGCCGAUCGGUGCAGCAUGACACUGUCUGCCUGCGGACAAUCUGAUAAGGACACCAAUCAGAAUUCUCAUUGGGAACACCCUUACACCGAAAGUGUUUCCAUUCAGUAUAACGUCUAUCCGGAGGUUGAUUUGUUGCUUUCAGAUGUGCUCCGGGUCUCCGCCCGAAAUUCGCGAAGAUGUUACCCGCCGAGUCAAUGAAUUUGCCUCGAGAGGUCUUCGAACCCUGGUCUUUGCUGCCAGAGAGGUUUCCCCGAGUGUCUACCGGACCAUGAUCGGCGAGCUGAAACGUGCUCAGGGGCUCACAGGUCAGGAGAGAGCACAGGCUCUGGAGAAGGUGAGCGCAAAAAUUGAGUCGCGUCUGCAGUUGGUGGGAGUCAGUGGAGUGGAGGACAAACUUCAGCCCGGCGUCAAGCAAUGUCUCCGGAGCCUAAUUGCUGCUGGAAUUCAGGUAAAAAUGAAUGUAUGCUGAUAAUGACAUAAAAGGGGCGAGUAUUGGCACUUUAUACAAUUUUUGAGCAACAGGAGGCGGAUGUCGAUCGACAGCCGGGACCCCAUGUCCGGGUGUCUAACCAGACCUUCUAUGCGGUUGGGAAUUCAACAUCCAGUGCGUGACCGAUUUCAUGAGAUGCUGGCCCAAAUUCUGGAAUGUGUUUCCUAUAAGGAGGGAUUACUUAAGUGGGGUUGUUAUACUGAUUGCCAUACAGCAUAAUCCUAUAACAAUUCGGAGUCGCCAGGAUGUCGGCGUUGGAAUUUCCUUCUUUUUGACCUCCUGUAGAAACCACACUCAGUAAAAAUUACUACUUAUGUAGCAUCCAUUUUUCCUACUGACUUUUGAUAGUCUUGUGAAUUCAAAUAUAUUUUACAAAAAACAUGCACAAAAUAUGCUUUCUUUUGCUCAUUUGGUAGGAAAUCACAUCACCCUCCUAUUUUAUGUUCGAAAAUAGUGUGUAGUUAGGUUUUACAAGUGUUUCUAAUUAUGAGAUUUUUAAGACCGUGCGAUGUCCAUGCAUGCAAGAAAGCACAUGACCCUUAACUAAUGAUCCUCAUGAAAUGUACAAUGCAGUCCGGAUCCACUGCGAAAUUUCAUGAACUCUGUAUGAUAUCGUCUUGAAAGCACAGAGGAAUAUAUGAUUUUCUUUACGCGGAAAGCAUGCAACUUGUAGACUGAAAUUGCUUAACGCUGACGCAAUGGCACAACAGGCUGAAAAUUAGUUGGGAAGUGGGAAACUUCUCUAAAACCUAAAAACACACUUUAUUCGAACAUAAAAUACGAAGACAUUGUGAUUCCCUACAAAAUGAGCAAAAAAAUGCAUAUUUUUCUGCAUGUUAUCUAUAAAAUAUAUUUGAAUUUAUAAGACUAUCGAAAAUCAAUAGGAAAAAUGAAUGCUACAUAAGUAGUCCAUUUUUCCCGAGUGUAGUUUGUGCAGGAGGUUAAAAAGAAGUGCAUUCCAAAGCCGACGUCCUGGGGACGCCGAAGUCUUAUAGGGCUAUGCUUUAUGAUAAUCAGUAUAAUAACCCCACUUAAGUAAUCCUUCCUGAUAGGGAACGCAUUCCAGAAUUUUGGCCAACAUUUCAUGAAAUCGGUCACUUACUGUAUCACUGGAGGCAACUGCGUAGUCAGAGAACUGACAAUCGUUUGCCGCUGUGCACGUACUUAAAGUAGACUAGUUCCCCUACUACUGAUACCAAUCAGUCAAGGUCUUGAUUACAACCUAGCAAACCUGCAUGUUUGUCGUGCACCGGUACGACGAUCACUGCAUAACCGCCCCCCCCUCAGACUUGUGACAUUGGCUGCGACUUGGUUCGUCUAAAGGUGCUGCUUUUGCCGCUGACCGCAAAACACUAUACGAGCCUCAUUGUUCAAUCCGCCUCCCUCAACGUGCAAAGUCAAAUUGGAGUUGAAUGUUGUACAUGGGUAAAGCCAGCAGUCAUGCCGACUUACUGUAGAAUUCUUGUUGAAUUGAGUCACGCAUAUAAGCCAAAAACAGAUUUUCGGUGUAUAUAUAUAUUUCGAAGAAGAAUGAGUUAUUUGGGAAAAUGCACAAACUUUAUUUCGUAAAUUUUCGAGUCUGGUUCCCCAGCUCGUCUUCAGACGUGUAGUAAGUGUGAAGAAACAGUCAGUGGUUUUUGGAUGCAGCCAGAAAGAAGUUUUUUCGAGGGCCGGCGUCCUGGGGUAAUUGAAUUAUUAUAGAAUUACGCUGCAUGAUGAUUUGUUUUACAUCCCUACUUAAUUAAUCUUUUCGAAACGAAAACGCAUUUCGGAAUUUCUGUUGACAUUUCAUGAGUUAGCCCACUUACUCUAUGUCUUCUCUAAAGAACCAUGAAUUAAAAUUUUUUACACAAAUGCAGUUCACACUUUACGCUUUGAGAACUGGAUUUAUAAAUUCAGGAAGACACUAGUCUGUGAGUAUUUAAAGUAGUAUAAUUGCUACACAUGUUUGGUAUGACAUGUGAAUAGGGGCUGAAUACGGGCUGCAACGGCAGAUUAUCUGCAAAUCACGUGUCUGGGCAUUAAGCUAAUGACUGUGCUGUCAUUGUGGUAUCCUGUUAUCCAAAUGUAAUCAGUAUUUCCCCCUUAUAACCACCAGGUUUGGGUACUGACGGGAGACAAGGAAGAGACAGCCAUCAAGAUCAGUCAGACAGCUGGUCAUUUUUCGCGCCACAUGAAGCUGCUAUGCCUGACCCACCACCAGAACGUGGAGAGUGUGGCGCGGGCCAUCUACAUGCACUUGAGGCAACUCCGGGAGACGGAGGAAUCCAAUGCGAACCCCGGUCCCCGGCGGGGCCCCUCCAGCACACUGACAUCCGCGCCUUUGGAAGGCCCAGAUUCUGUCAGCUUCACACCCGACACUUGCUGCGGUGGUCGUUGGCUGGAAAAGUUGGGACGUUGGUUCCGUCAGGCAAGGAUUCUCGGCCACCGUAAAAAACGUCAGCGCUGCAACGGGUUGCGAUGCCUCGGAUUAGUGAUUGAUGGACAGACACUGCGCUACGCGACCUCAGUAAGUAUCUACUGUCGAGAAUUAUGUAAACUCUGAUAUGCAUGGGGUUUCCCGCGGGGGGGGGACGGAGCGGAGACGAUAAUCGUACUUGCUGUUCUGACGCCAGCCAAAAAGUGGUUACCUGUGAGAAGCGAGUAUUCCACUCUGUGUUUACUAGGCGCUCACUCCUUACAGUGAGUGACCGAUCUCAUAAAAUGUUGGCUGGAAUUCUGAAAUGCAUUUUCGAUUAGGAAGGAUUACUUGGUCGCGGUUGUAAGAAUGAUUAUCUUGCGGCAUACUCUUAUGACAUUUCGGACUUGGCAGGAUGUCGGCUUUUAAAUGCACUUCGUUUCAAUCUCCGAUGGAAAGCGUACUCGGUAAAAAAAUGACUAUUUAUAUAGCAUGCAUUUUUCUCACAGAUUGUCGAUGGUCUUGCGAAUUCAAAUAUAUUUUUAUAGAAACCAUAAACACAACUAAGUUUUCUUUUAGUCAUUCAGUAGAGAAUCACAUCUUCUUUAAUUUUAUACUUAAGGAGGGAGUAUAAUUAGGUUUUAAAAAGUUUCUAAUUAAGAGACUUUUUAAGACCGCGAAAUGUCCAUUCACAUAGCAUCGUACCUGGCCGUUUGUCACAGCUCCUCAUGAGAUGUACAACAUGUCCGCAUCCAUUGCAACAUUUUAUGGACUCUGUAUGAUAUCUCUUUAAUGGCAUGGAAAAGUAUGUGAUUUUCUUUACGCGGAACGCAUGCACCUUGUAGACUGAAAUCACUAAGCGCUAAUGCAGCGAAUGAUCAGGCUCCAAAUUAUUCGGCAAUGAAAAAAACUUUUUUAAACCCUAAUUAUACUCCUUUCUUAAGUAUAAAAUAUGAAGAAGACGUGAUCCUCUAUUGAUUGACAAUGAGGAAGUAUAUUUUUGUUUAUGGUUCCUAUAAAAUAUAUUUAAAUUUGCAAGACCAUCGAAAAUCAAUGGGAAAAAUGUAUGUUACAUAAAUAGUCGUUUUUUUACCAAGUACGCUUUCCAUCGGAGAUUGAAAAGAAGUGCAUUUAAAAGCCAACAUCCUGCCGAGUCCAAAAUGUUAUAAGAGUAUGCCGCAAGAUAAUCAGUAUUACAACCGCGACCAAGUAAUCCUUCCUAAUCUAAAACGCAUUUCAGAAUUUCAGCCAACAUUUCAUGAGAUCGGCCACUCACUGUAAAUGCUGUCCCUGGAGUCCUUGUGUAGAGUGGUGCCAUGUUCUGGCAACCACAGUCAGUGACCGAUCUCAUGAAGUGCUAACAGAAAUUCUAGAAUUUGGUUUUGACUAGAGAAGAUGACUUAGGUGUGGUUCUAAUACUGAUUACCAUGAUACCACAGACAGGCUAGGACGUUGGAUUUUCAAUGCAUUCCUUUUCGGCCGCCUGCAGAAGCCGCACUCAGUAAAAAUGACUGCUUAUUUGCGAUGCAGUCAUUCUACUUAUUUUCGAAUUCCUCAUAAAUUCACAUACAUUUUAUAGAAAGGAUGGACAAAAUAUUGUUUUUUGUGUUCAGCUGGUGGCAAAUCACGAAUUCUUCGAAUUUUAUACCCGAAGGAAGGUUAUCUUUCGGUUUUAAAAGGCUUGCAAAUAUGAAAUGUUCUAGGCUUUGAAAUUUCCUUGCACAUUACAGUGUAUCUGUGCGUGAAUAGUAGGUGUAAUGACGUAUGCAGCAUAUAUCACAGCCACCUCAAAAUAUUAUGAGCCGUAUGUGGUAUAUUGUUAAUGGCAUAGAGAAAUAUGCGAGUUUCCCACAAGGAAGUAUGCUGCUUGUCGACAGAAAACCCUUUAAGGUAAAUGGAACGAUGGGCAGACAUCAAACUAUUUUGAGAACUGAAAGAUUUUUUUUACAUUUUAAUAUAUCUCUUUUUCUGAAGUACAAUUUGAAGAAAACGCGGUCUUCCGUCAAAUGAAUGCGAGAAAAAGUAUUUUCGUGCAUCUUUUCUUGUAACAUCAAAUUUUGGCUGAAAUUCUGACAUUUGUUUCCGAAUAAGAAGACUUGCUUGAAUGGGGCUGUGAGACUGACUGCUUGCGAUGCAUUCCAGAAAUAUUUUAUCGAAGUCAAGCUGAUGGAUCUCGAGUUCAUUUCUUUUGGGUAACCUCCAAAUCAUGCAGUCAGUAAAAAUUGACCGCUUAAGUUGUAUUUUGCUUCUCUCACAAUUUACUAUGCCCUUGUAAAUUCAAAUAUAUUUUAUAGGAAAUCGCCGUAAUGAUCUCAUUUUUAUACUCAUUUGAUGCUAGAUUAUGUUUGUUCUAAAUGCCAUACUGAGUUGCACAAACCCCUCAAAAGAACAGGAGAAGAGGAAUCGCCUGCAAUAGUGGCUGGGAUUAGCAAUUUCUAGUGGAAGUAUGUUUCGACGGGAUGAAUGAGUUUCGUAACAUGAUCAUUGAGCGCCCCAAUUAUUAUUAAGCGAUGAUAUAGGUCUGACGCGAAAAAUGUACACCCCGGACAUUUCAUGUACUUAAUAAUUUCUGAAAUUAACUGCUUAAAAUUUAAAUACGCAUACUUCUUUUUACCAUGAGAUACAGACAUGUUUUUCCUAGCCAGGCUGCGUGUUCCAGGGCGAUUGCGAGUGAGGAUCGGAGGGUUUGGCAUACAGCCCAGAGAAAGGGCAGGAACUAACAUCAUCAUCAUCAUCAUCAUCAUCAUCAUCAUCAGACGUAAUUGGCGAAAGUUGUGCUUUCAUGCUAGACGAAACCCCUUACCAUUUUAGAGUUCUGCGUGCUGCAAACCGACUAAACCCGCGGACCGUUGCCUAUGCUACUAGACCGACCCUAAACAAUGCGGCUAUCAGCCAAACGACUUGUGUUACAAGUAUUUUUGGUUACACACACACGACAGGUGAUGAUGAUGACAACGCCUGGUAAAAUGUGAGUGGGAAUUUCCAGCGGCUUCCACGCCCUAAAAGUGACAGUUGGUUGAGUGUGUGUGUGUGUGUGUUUGGAUGGCAUUUGUCGCAUAAAAAAUAAGCACACAUGGAAGUUUGGGCGUGGUACGCUGAUGCUGCCUAUCUUACAGCUACUGCGCCCCGUCAUCAUCGUAAUUUGGUAAGAGUUUAGUCGUCGGAUAGAACUUUCAUUUGGUUAUACAUGUCGCGAGAGAAAUGGCGACUUUGAGUCAGCAUGGUGGUGGCACAGGCCAAUUCGACCCGAAGGACUAAAUACGAAUUCAUGUUUCAUCUAGGAACUCCUGUUUCAGUCUUCACACGCGGUCAUAUGAAUACUAGUAAUCAAUACUCCAGAGGUAUUACUAUCGAUGAAACGUCAAAGAAAAUAGCCAUGUAUGGCCUGCAUGCCGUCGUCGGGAAGAAACGUCUUAACCGAAAACAGUACGAGGCUGAGAUUAAGGCGCAUAUUCGGUCGAACAUUUGGUUGAAUGCCCUGCUGGUUGAUUUGCAGACCGACAAUUCGUUGACUGCGAACAGGUAUUAUGACCCGGAGAGUGGAUUAGAGAACCUGAUGGCAAGUUCGAGCAACAAGAUCUUUAUUGUGUGAACCUGUGUAGCACAAGCUUGAACGCGCUGAAUAUUACCUCACUGCCCUCCUAAGGGUUCUAGAACACUGUGGACUUCGGCCUGACGGUCGCGGAUUGAAUGAUUCUUGCUCGAGAAUCACUACAAGCUGGCCCUAUCUGGGACACUAAUCUCAGGUCGUCGCAGUAGAUCAAAAGCACGUAAAAUUUAUUGUGAUUACGACGACAUGUGCAGAGGGCUUCGUCCUGCUCUCUCUCUCUCUCUCUCAUCAAGAUCAAAUGGCAUAUCCGUGUCCCACUGGACGUGUUACAUUUGCGUUACACACUUCAGCCCCCACCGUUUUGGUCCGACACACCGACGCGGCCUGUUUUGAAAGUCUACAAUUUGCCCAUAUUGGAAUAGAUGACGAGGAGAUAAAAACACACUUUAUAUUAACGGAAGUCACUACGUACUACUAUGCAGUGUAACAAGCUACUUAAAUGAGACUGCAGAACAAAUUAACAUUGCCAACCAGUCCAGAUUUACGUUGCAAAUGAUAAAAUGUCGGCACUUCACUUAGCCUACCUAGAUUCGAAUGCGUUGGGGGAGAGUAAUGCUUAUAGAACAGCAAGAAGUGCUGAUAAACAGAACAAAAAAUUGAGUGAAGCUUCACCAUAUUAAUUAACUGGGAAAGGUUGUCAAUUGGCGGCUUGACUCAGACCUUGCGGCCAAUGCGGCGUGUCUUUGGGUGGAGUAGCCGAUUGGUGGAACGCGAGGCAGGCUCCAUAGGCCGUCCGUUAUGUAGUCUACGUGGCACUCCUCCCACAUGACAUUGGAAUCGCUGCCUUGCCUUCGGCAAAAACCCGGUACGACGCGUGCCAUCAGGUCGCGUUUGGCACGUGUAGACGGACCGUUUGACUUUGUCGGUCCAAGCCCGCCUCCAUCACCGUUUACAAUGGCCGAAAUGAAGAAUGACAUCUCCAAGCUUAAAGGUUGACAGUAUUCUGUUAGGCUUAUUUGCGAAUUUUUGCGUUUCGGCGGUCGCUCUUGACACAGUGUUAAGUUAACCCACCAAUCGUCGGGUGAAUUCAUUUUUGCCAUUCAUUGCCGUUUCUUUUACAAAUACCCGACCGAAAAUUGCACUAUUAUAAGGGUAUUUGUAAAAUAAUAAUUCUGAAAGAUAAUGUUGUCUGAAAGGUGUUCCACACCGCAGGGUUGGGUAUGACUUUCAAUCAUACCUCAUUUGAGCGGUGAACAGAAGUAUUAUCCUGUAACGUUACGGUGUCUAUCCGACGUCAAUGAAUGUUGGUGAAACCGAAGGCAUCCUUUACGAUGUCGAUGAACACCUUGAUGUUUAUCACCUCUGCUGUUGAACGCGAGACCAGUCGCUCUCCGAAGCUGAUGGCCAUUCGAACCAUCAGGCGUCGACAAUUCUUGACAAUUGGUGUCGACAGAGUGUGUUCUCGUGGGACGUUCUUCCGAUAUAUGACUACCUAGGCGGACGCCGGAGGCUUGCUUAGGAAUAAGACCUCGUCACAAGAGUAAAUGCUUUUCCAAAACAAAUGUCUAUGAUCACUAUAUUUUAAAGCAAAUAAAAAACUUCUCUUAUAAGUUUUCAACUUAAGAAUGGCUUUGUCAUAGCGUCUGGCUGAUGGAGGCCAAAUUCUUUCAUUCUUUUUCUAAUUAUGCGCAAAGAAAACAUUGACAAGUGUUCCUUGUAAAUAGCUUUAAGGGGCUUAUAAUGAUACUUUUUCAGUGUCCUACUAAUGAAAUCGUAAUCUUGCUUGCAUGUGAUAGGUUUGGUCCACCUUGCUUGGCUCUAGGCACCGUUUUAUUAUUAAUAACUUUCCAGAGAAUGACGUCGUUAAUAUCGAAAAAACUAGCCUACGGCUCAACCGGCAGCCCUUCGGCUGCCAGUUUUCUAUUCAUUUAAAGUCAACUACCGAUAGAAAAUGUUUCGACAUUUUUGUUGCACGGCGUGGCGCUGAAAAGUGGCAGCAUGUAGCGCGCAAUCUAUGCAUACGCAUUUGCGCCUAUUAGCUCCCGGUGUAGUGAAAUAAAUGCAGUCGAACAAGCUUAUUACUGCGUUUAACGGGAUAAAACGUUGCAAUUUUGCUAAGCAUAAUUUGUAAAGAACAAAUUAUCUUUUGUUUUAUGAACAGAAUGCGUGUUUACAUAUUUACCUUGACCUGAUUUACAUGUACUUCAAAUCACACUUUUCAUUUCCAGGGCGGAUUUCCUUAAUACUUUUCUUCACUAUAUAAAGGUUCCUCUAUAUCGCAACGCAAAUAAAUAAGAGAUAAGAGUUUUUAGUCAGAUAUGGUUAAGAAGCCGUAAAUUGAAUUAAACAACCCGAGGUCACCUGUAAUACGGGACAGGUGGUAAUAGGGGUUUUUACAGGUAGUGCCGGUGAACACACAGGCGACGAGGCCAAGUAAUUGUAUGCAAAAUAAAAGCCAUUUAGAAUGCGCGGUUGUACUUUGAGUGGUUGAGAAAUAGUUGCUCUAGCCCCUAAAAAUAACACUAACCUCUAAUUCUGACCCCAAACUUUAACCCCUAUCCCUAACAGUAUUGUGUUCAUCAUGUAGGGCUACAUAACCACAUGACCGGGAUUGUAAUAGGUGCUACUUGCUAGAAUAGGAAAGUACUUGGAUAUCUGGAAACGUCGAAAUAUGCCUAAUCCUGGCCUGUUUCCCUUUGAUGAAACAGACCUAACAUAAACUCUUCUUUAAAAAAGGGCUUUUGGGAAGUUUUACCACGACGUUAACCACUUCGUUGAGUCUCAUCAGCAGUCAGCUGACUGCCUUGGACAGGAGAGGGGGGAGAGAGAGUGAAUGUGGUACUAAGAAGGAAUUCGCCUUCUAGGUGUAGCAGUCCAUUUCUCACUAUUGUCGAUAUGAAGCUUUGGCAGCGGGGCAGGAUGCCGGCAGCCGGGAUUACUCUGUCCUAAUUAAAAUUGAAGGCCAGGUUGCGAGGGCUCCUUUAGAGUGUUCCCCCUCGUAGCGCCUGUCGUUAAUGCUGGAUCUAUGAACUGUAAGUAACCUGAUGUACGCCAAAUUAUGAGUUAAUUAGUGUCUGGAACUCGCAGAGGAACUUAUAACUCCGUCAACUGCUGCGUCAGCACCCUGGCCUGGACUAAGUCUCAUCGUCGAAAGACGCAUGAGGGAGCAAGGUUCAGGCUGCAGAUGUCUGAUCCACCAUAAAAUAGUUCCCGCUUAAUCCACCGAUGGUUUCACCGCACAGAGCAGUAGGUAGCUUGGUAGCAGGUAACUUUCGAACUACCGUAAGGGCUUGGGUUUAUGUGCUUCUUGAUGGAGACGGCAUCGAGGUCCGUUUUUUUUGAAGAGAAGUAUAAUGAACCAUAACAACACUGUUCUAGUCUGUUAAUGCCCCAUGACAGACUUUAGGUUUCAUAGUUAAAGAACUGUUUCCUCGCAUGCAUUAGUUAUCACGGUUUUACUACAGUGUUUUUGAAAUAAUGAUACGGCCUUUGAGGGGCGUUGACUGCAGUCAAUUCUUGUCAUGCUGAUAUGGUGUCGAAACGCAUGGAAUUCGUCGGGUUUAUCGCAACUGGGUCCGAUAAACUCCUGCUUCUGCUUGAAGGCAAUCCCGCAGGUAAGAUGUGUCCGAAUUCCAGCAAGGGGUUAUUCCACAGCUAUUUAUAUAAAACAGGCCGACAUAAAUUCACUUUAUCACCGACUGCGUACACUGUGCUGCCUUCUGCUUUCACUAAAUACACCAGUGUUAUCGGUCGAAGGAGCCCAUAGACGAUCUUCCCCACGUGUUCGAACAGCUGAUCGGCAUGUCCUGGUAUUUCGCGUAAUAGUGUGCCAGAUAAAAAGGCUAUGGGGCAGUCAGCGAUGCGUUUUCCCCCGAAGCAUGACUUUUGGCUGCUGUAUGACUUUCCUUCUUACGAGGACUUUUGUAAUAAAACUGUACUUAGUCAUUAAGAUUAAUGAUGAUUCAUUUGGUACUCAGCUGAAAACAAUCCAACUGAUUAUAUGAGGCGAAACUAUCUUAGAAGCUUAGACAAGCUGUUUUAAAACACCGAGCCUGUAUUGACUAUCAAGGUAUAAUCAGCAAGUCUUCACAUAAGCGGGACUUAUUUUUCGACAUCUUCCUCUCUACUUUAACGAGAUUCAGUAGGCAUACUUUUGACAAAAACCGCGCACCCCAGUUAAUCAACCAACGCGUAAGAAUCUGCUGUUUUUACUAAGGAUGUACUGCGUCGGGAUUUCCUGCGACUCUGUCUGGAAACGUCGACCGUUCUUUGUUGUCGCCUAACGCCCUACCAGAAGGCAGCUGUAGUCAAACUGGUCGCCGAAGGCAUGAAGGACGUGACUGGACAAAAGGCCCCAGUCACGGCUGCCGUCGGCGAUGGAGGCAAUGAUGUUGCCAUGCUGUUGCAGGCCAACGUUGGAAUCGGCAUUUUUGGCAAUGAGGGCAGACAGGCUGUUCGUGCCGCAGACUACGCUGUUCCACUGUUCAAGUGAGUUUGAAGUAGUAAAGGUGUAAUUCACUUUUCGACAACAUAAAAUUUCUACUGAUGUUUUCUGAAGUUCCCCAGUGUAUGGAUGUUGAAAUUGAAGUGGUUUCCACAAGGAUACACGGUGACUUGUGCGUUGAUUAGUUCAUAGUGGUUGAAGACUUGCGCGGCAUCUGCCGCACUCUCCUCUCUCCCUCCCCAACCUGGAUAGAGUGAGGAAGUCAGAGGGCAGAGGCGGACGUAGGCGACUGGCACAACGUGGACCCGCACCUAGGUGUGCUGUCACACCCUCUGGUGCACGCAUAACGGAUCGGGAGUUCACACAAUCUGAAAAUGGGGGAAGGGCGACUCGGAUCCCAAGUGAGUGUGUGAGAAUGUGUGCCGAUACUAUCGUCGAGUCAAACCCCAUGUUGGAAGAAGAGGACAGAAGGCACCCGAAUGAGAGGUUUAUUGUACACAGAACCCACAGUUGUCCUCUCAGACGGCAGUGGCCGCUGGCGAAGCCAGGGCUGGUGUCGACUGCGUUCAAGCAUACCUGAGCGUCCCUGAGACAGUGGUGGCAGCCGCUUUUGUAGGUUCGUGGGCCAAGCUCAAGUGGUGGCCAGUCAGCGUGCGUGUUGCAUUUGCCGAGGGGAGCUGUCCCAGUGACUUAGGCUGUGGUUGCAGGGGAGUGGGUUGCGUCCAAGUGGCCGCAUGGGCAGAUGCGGCUGUGCGGACGCAGGUAUGCUCGAGCUAUCGGUCGUGUGACUUCAGGUCAGCGCGUCUGGAACUGCUCACUGCAAAGGCGUGAAUGACCUUGAGACAGCGAGUUCUUGAACAAUGACGCCAGACCCGCUACAAGUGUGAGGGCUAUUAAGAUCACAUUAAGAAGAGGCCACUUCAGCCAAAAUCUCAGUCCAGAUAGGAGGACUAGCAGCCAAGUGAGUGUGUGAGAAUGUGUGCAGUCUGUGCGAUACAAUCGUCGAGUCAAACCCCAUGUUGGAAGGAGAGGACAGAAGGCACCCGAAUGAGGGGUUUAUUGUACGCAGAACCCACAGUUGUCCUCUCAGACGGCAGUGACUGGUGUUGAUUGCGUCCAGUCAUGCCUGAGAGUCUCUGAGAUAGUGGUGGCAGCCGCUUUAGUAGACUCGUGGGCCAAACUCUAGUGGUGGCCAGUCAGUGUAUGUUGCGUUUACCGAGGGAUGGUGUCCCAGUGGCUUGGGUUGUGGUUGCAGGGGGGAGGUGCGUUCAAGUGGCCGCAUGGGCAGAGUCAAAAUCUCCGUUCACAUACGCGGACUAACAGCCAGCACACCACGACUGGGGAAUCAAAUUAAGCUUGCGCCCCUUGACUUUGAAACUUCGUUACACAUUGUUAAAGAAGAUGUUGGAAUUUCCUGGGGGUUUAUGCGUGAAACUGUCAGCGAGCUAAAUUUUAAAGUUCAACUUAAACGACUUCAUAAACAUAGGGAGGUUAAUCAAUCGACUUUUGCGGAAUAACCACAAUAGUUUUCUUUCUGUCAAACACAUUAUUAAAGAGAAUUUGGCGAGUAUACGCGUGCUUUCGAUAAAUUCUCAUCGCGUCUGCACAUUUACAUGGUAACGAGGUACAAACUGCAAGGUGUGAGCGAGAAGAACAAUCGAUUAAGGUUCGCCUUUUCAUGCAAACGGGGUAUGUGAAUUGAGGCGAGGAAAGAGAGGGGAGAGGAGGCGGUAAGUGACAGUGAGGGUUAGGUAGAGCCGUGUCACAGGGGGGGAGAGAGGGGACGGGCUCGCGGAAACAGGCAUGCAGUUAAUCGAUCCUUGCCCACGGCAGACGCAGAGCGUGCAAAAGGUACUUUUGCGCGCACAGGACCGCCCCCUGUAGCCUGACGGCAGCCGAUUCUUCCGUUUCUGGUAAACGCCGACCCAGACGCUUAGGAUAGUUAGGCGGGACCUUGCAAAUCACACGGAAGGCUUCGUUGGGAUCCACACGAUGUCCAGUAUCAACCACGUGUACGAGGAUGGAGCUGUGUGUGCUACAACCUUCACCUUUCCUCAGCCACGCCGACUCGUACGACCAGUGUGGCCCGCUCCACGGGGGCAAGUAAAGGAGUAAAUGCACAAGGGUGUGGUCUGAGCUGGUAGCCUAGCCUUACCUUCCCCUCGUAAUAGGGGAUUAAUCGAAAACAGUACUUGAACUCUUUCUGCCGGGAAAGUCCGUGAAAAGGCUUGGUCAAGGCGCCUUCUUAGGAGUUCGCUUGCCGCGUCUCCUUGAAAGAGGACUUUGGGGAACAGGGUUAUCUUUUCUACCGCCUGCCAUCAGGCUUUAGAAGCCGGUCCAGUGCGCGCAGAAGAACCUCAUGCACGCUCCGCGUCUGCCGUGGGCCGGGAUCGAUUAACUGUAAGCAUGUCCCUGCUCCCCUUCCCCCCUUGUGAUACAGCUCAACUUAACCCUCACUGUCACUUACUGCCACCUCUCCCCCUUCUCUCCUCUAUUCGCAUAUCCCCUUUGUAUGUAAAGAUGAACCGUAAUCGCUUGCUCUUAUCACUCACACGUUUCAGUUUGUACCUCGUUCCCAUAUACAGACCCGUAGAGGAUUUAUCGAAAACACGCGUAUGCUCGUCAAAUGCUCUUCCGAAUUGCUCCAAGGGAAUUUUCGCAACAAUAGUAAAGUUAAAGCAGUGAAAGUUACCUCAUCUCGCAUGCGAACGACACAGCCACUGAAAAAAAAACAUAGGUAACGGAAUAACAAGAAAGCUACGGCGUACACUGGAGUGUUGUUGAACAGUCACAUAUCUUGAAGUUACACACCGGAGAUAUGUGAAAUGACCGUAGUAUAUGUCGGGUAUUUGCUGGAUACCUCUGAUGUAGUAGUCUGAUGCGAGUUUCCGAUCUGAGGGUAGUCUUCAUAUUAUUAGAAUUAAUAAUCCAGGUGAUUUAGUAAAAGGUUUUUACGGGAAACUAUCUUAGACCGUUCUUAAACAUCGUCGCCUCUUAGAAGUGAGUAAAUUUGUACCACCAUAGUCAUUACAGAUGUCCUUGCACGACUGAGAAGCUUCCCUCCUUUCGGCUCAUUUAUAAAAAAUCUGAAAUGGGACCGAAUAGUCAGUAAUUCCAGUUCUACUGUCCGCAUUAAUUUCCCUAUUUUAAUUAACCCACUGCAAUUAAAAGAUGUUCUAUUUAUUCGCAAGAUUAAUUAACAUCCAUCUAUGAGAGAAAUAAAGACAGUCUGGAACUGGCAAAGGAACCAGAAUUUGUUGUUUUGAUUGACGAUAUAGCGUAAAAAUAUACGGUCUGUAGGUGACAUUCAUUUAUAGAGAUGUGGGCGUGUGAGAAAAUACGACUACAACGUGGGCGGCCUUGUUUUUCCUUGACGCCAUCGCAGAUUUAUUUGGAUUUUGAAAAUCUCCAAGAAGCUGUGAUGCAGCGUCGUUCAAAUAAACGCUUUUUUUACAAAUCAGCCGAAGGCACUUUCAUUGGAUGAAAAGUGCGGUUUCUCCACCUCCGUCUUUCCGUACGCAUGCACUGCAUCAACGAGUAGGUCUUCGCUGUUCUUUAGCAAAUCCUAUUAAAAAUAGCAUCUUCGCAUCAUGAAGACAUCGGGUUUAGGCUUUUCCAAUUUUUUUUUCAAUGCGCCUCACUAAAUCACCCAGGUGUCAAAAAUAGCGGAAGCUGGAUACGGCAAUCCAAUGAGAGAGAAUCUUAAAUUUGAGAAAACAUAUGCUACUGAGCAAAUUAUAGUAGCUCUUCUACGUUAACUAAAUGAGCGCUGAAAAGAUUGUUUUAGGAGUGCGCAAAUUAACAGGGGAAAGAUAUGUGACAGUGGAAAUAAACUUCAGGACUAGGGCAUAGCUGCCUAAUAGCAACCCAUAAGUAAGAAAUCACCUAGUGAGUUACUUGUAUUACAUAGGGAAAGUCGUUCUUUAUGACCUGCAUUAAAAAGUUUUAGCAUGUCUUAUUUACCGUGGCAUUUCACACGCAAUUCCACAAGGAAAGAAGCACAGUAAAUUCCGAGCUGUCGCUUACUGGCAGUAAGAAAUCGCGUGGUUAACUGACAAAAUCUAGACGUUUGACACAACGUAUUCUCUUGAAGCAGGCAAUACUGCGUCUGUUUUGCCCUGCCCGGCUGUCUGUGUUACCAUGUAACACUCGUGGAGAACUCGCAGGCUACUUGACAACUGCAUAGUCGCCUGACUGUAUAUAAUGCGACCGAUCCAAAUUCAACAUAAAGUGACGUAUUUUGGCAAAUUUGUCUCUUUUAGUACUGCCGGUUUAGGCUGUACGCGUAGCUAUAAAUGCAGUUUCAUGACUUUAUUCCAGGGUUUCUGAAGAAUGAUAUGCUUGAACGUAGUCAGCGUUAUGAAGAAUUAACAUCUAUUGGCAACAUGCCCAUUAAAGACUUACUAGUAACGUAAGACUUCAGUUAUUUGAACCGUUUUAAAAUACCUCGCAGUGGCAGUGGUAGGCUGAAUGGCCACAAAUAGCUGUCGGUAGACUGUGCGCCGUGUCAUAGGGGAUUGGUUUUAAUGCCUUCCAGAGUCUUCUGCCUGUCGGAAUUAUUCCACCCUGUGAUUGAUUAAGUGAACGGAGCACUCUCCCUUGGACAGAUCCUCCACGGAUCCACAAAUUAUGAAGUAACCGCCUGCCUAGAGAGGUGACCGCCAUGCGCCUCUUUCACCAAGUGCCAACAGGCCUUUAAGGCACCUGCAGCCAAAAGAGGACUCUUUGACACACGACUGUUCGACCCCAAUAGGGCUCGCACAGGUCUAUACUCAGUAGCAUAUCGUUCAGCAGUCAUCCCCCUAACACCAAUGAUGAAAAAGAACGCGUCCCAGUCAGCGUUGUCGUCUGUCUCGCCCAGGGAGAUGUCCAAAGGCUCCUGAUAGGACUUGCACGCGCCCACCCUCACUAAUACGUCAUCAGCGCACUGUCCGGCUUGCUGCCCCAUCCCCAAAAUCCCCAUCACACCAAUCCCAUAUGACACGAUGCACAGACUACCCAUAGCUAAUUGAGAUUCUUCGGCAAAGUUGGUACUUUCAUCGAUAAGAUGUGGUUAUGUAGCCUCACCUGAUGAACACAAUAUUGUUGGGUUUAGGGCGGUUGGUUAGGGGUUAGGGUUAAAGUUAGGGUUUUUAGGGCAAGUAUUUCUCAAUCACUCAAAGCACAACCGCUCAUUCUCAAUAGCCUUUCGGCAACAGUAUAGAGAAGGACCCCACUUACCUGUUAGUAGACUGCCGAUCGUGCCAUACGUGAUCUGUGGUAAAGGGAGUUUUAUGGAUGGGGCAGAACGCUAGACAGUAAGCUGACAAAAUGAAAGAAAACACAGAAAUUGCCUGGAUUCAUGUCAAGUGUCUUAUCCUACGCUCUAUGCCGACAGCGGAAACGAGUGGUAUUUAAACAAUAAGCAAAAGUAAAUUUCACGAAAUAACGGAUUUUAAGUUUAAGUGUGAUGUCUUGGGAAGUAAUUGUUGUUGGCAGUGUAAUUUCUGCGACAGCCAGCAAAUUUAUGUCAAGGUAAAGCCCCAUAUGACACGAUCCACAGUCUACUGACAGUUAAGUGGGGUCGUUCUCUAUACCUUUGCCGGUUUUUCAACCUACCUUUUUCCCUCGCAGACUUCCCACAUUGUAGUGCAAUUUAAAAACUGUUUUUUACUCUACAGACACCUGCGUAGGCUGCUUCUGGUCCACGGACAUUGGAAUUACUACCGGAUGAGCCUCAUGGCUCUCCUUUUCUACCACAAGUGCAUCGCUCUGGUUGCAGCCCAGAUCUACCAACUUUUCUUUAGUGGAUUCUCCGCUCAGCCUCUCUAUGACAGUCUCCUCUACGCUCUCUACAACCUCACCAUGACCUCCUGCAGCAUUUGUGCGUUUGGACUCUUUGAAAGACAUCUCAACGAGACCGACCUCAUGCGUCAUCCCUUCCUCUACAGCCUGGUAAGUUGCAGGUUCUGCUGAAAAGAUUUUGUUUUUCAAAGGCUAAGAUGUUUGCGACUUGCAAAUAAGCGCUCUCCACUGAGAAGUCUGACUAACAGUCUAAUAGCAUUAAAGCCCUUGCGGAUUAGAUGUGGUUAUGUAGCCCCACCUGAAUUAAACAGAUCACAGCCACCUCUAAUACGGGACAGGUGGUACUAGUAGUCUUUACAGGCGGGGUCGGGGAACGCACAGGUGACGAUGUCGAGUAGUGGUAUACAAAGGAAAAGCUCUUUCGAAUGCGCAGUUGUAAUUUGGGUGGUUGAGAAAUAGAUGCCCUUAUCACCUGACUCAAGUCCCUAACUUUAACACUUUUACAAGGUUUCUAAAGAAAAUUCGACGUGUUUGCUUUUCUGCGACCUUAAAUACCUCCUUACACCUCGCCCUAACUUCCGGCACCUAUCUAAACACGUUACUCACCCCCCAAACGGACGUCUGUUCCGCAAAGGCGUAGUUUAUUCUUCAAAGCCGAAUAGGCCUGUAAACAUGCCGAGAACUGUGGCUAUCUAGUGUGGUUACACCACUCUAAACUAUUCGUUUCGUCUGAAGAUGGGUUGGUGUAACCAAUUUGAAAAUUCGCAAGUAUAUACCGAUUUUUCGACGGGCCUUUUUAGAUAUGCAUAUGCCUUUCUAAAAUAUUGCUUACAUCUCAUCAGCAAAAACAACUGCGCAAUGUCAAAUGACCGAAAUACUCUUGUACAUUAUGUCAUCCACAUUACAUGGGACACACUCUCCUACGAGGGUAGUAUGGAAAAUAAAUGUAUUACGCAUCUAGUCUCAGAAAUAUGAUUGUAUUCGCACAAUCACUUUUAAAACCCAAAAGAAGUGCAGAAGACUUUGGCAGCCAUUUCCGAGUCAACCUUAUAUGAGUGGCUGAAAGGGGGUUCAAUCAAAGACCAACAUUCCUCUUUGUCGAUGCAGGCAGAUGAGGGCUGGACCGCUGAAGCCGCUAUCUUCUCAUUCUAAUGGAUUGAUGACUCUGGGAUUAAGUUUCCUGUUAAUGAAUACUGCCCCCUCAACUGGGCUGACUUCUUAUUUUAAUCUUGUGGUUCAUGUUUUAUGGCGCUUGGCGCGUUUUGUUGCAAAUCUAGCAAUGGGUGGGGUGUUGGCAUAUGUUUCUGCAUUGCCAAAUGUGCCCCGCUUGAUGCCAAACAUUUUUUUGCCCUACAGACAUUUUAUUCUUAGAAUGAGGGGGCGGUAGAUGAUAAUUCUGUAUUUUUAACCCAUGAUAUCCUCAGAGGUGGUCGUGAAACUUUAUUUGCCCUCUUUCAGAUGCCUUUAGGCAAUAGCCAUUUAGCUGCUAGAGGUGGCAUGAUAUCUUUCCAGUGUAGCCCUUGCCGCAUCAAAUGCAGGCCAGUUUAUGGAUUAGGUUGCAGAAGGUGUCCAACUUAGGUGCGCCAACUGGGUGGUUGUUUUUGACUCUCCUCCUCCGUACAUGAAGUGAAAUUGACUUCAAAGUAAACUCUCUUCGUAAAUUUGGAACCUGCAGCGUUGCGCAAUAGACACUACGACUCAACAGGCGGCUGGACGUUGAAUUCCAGAAGGGGGAAACUAUGCUAGUUUGAUAACUUUAGAGGCUAGUUUAGUCCCAAAAUUAACCUCAACUCUGAACCUCCUAUCCUUACCACAAAGCAUAACCAUAACACCCUGGAAUUUGAAGAUAGACUACCUGUAAUUGUGGGAGACAUAUUCUCCCGUACAAUCGAGGUAAUGAAAAAAAGGAAGGCCAACGAUUUACUUAAUUUACGUGGAGGCAGUCUAUAUGCGGCGGAAGAAAUCGGACCUAUGUAAACAGUUAGACCACGUGGUCAACCUCAGUUUGCCCUGGUGGAUCUGAGCUCUUUGAUUUACGAAAUCCCCCGGCGUGCUAACUUUCCCAUUUUCUUUCCUAUGUUGCGUUUUCAAGUUACUCUUUUAUUGAUUAGUCUACGUGCAGUAUACGAUGAGCUUGCUGUUUUACAUUGAUUUUCUCCGUGAAGGUUCAAACCUCUGUAUCUUUCUUACUUGUUAUCUGUGUUAUGCAACGACAGACUGUAGUUGAUAAGCCGUCGCGAAAUUUACUGGUUCCAGUAAAUUCUGCUGUCUAUGCCUGCUUUUAAUUCAUUAAGGGGAAAUAUUGCUUCGAGUUUCAAGGUAAUAGUUAUCAAAAGAUUCAGAGGCGAUAUUUCCACCUUCCCAACUGAGGCAUUGUUUCCUCCUCGGAUGCAACAACAUAAUGCCGGUUCUGUCCAAAUCCGUGGGUAUCUGUGUCUUGAUCUGGCCCAGUAGAGUGGAUAAAUCGGUAUUUUUAUGAUAGCAACUGAGAACGCCUUCAGUUGGAAUAGGAAAAAAAAGAAUUGACAGCGUAUCGGGUCACUACAGUCAGUGACCGAUUUCUUGAAAUGUUAAUAGAAAUUCUCGUAGGUGUCCGAUACGUUCUCCUGAGUUCGGUCACGCAUUGUAACUGCAAUUUAUUGACAAUGGAUUAACCAAAAUGAGGUUCGCUUCGAAAGCAUCACAUUCCUGUUAAUCCUACUGCCUUAUCCCCACAGAUGAGUCGAAAUGCCAACUACAGGCCCUGGUACGUUCUGCUUUGGUGCCUGGACGGUUGGUGGCUGGGCAGUGUCUGCUACUUUGUCGGCUAUUUCGUCCUCGUCGGUGGGGCUGCCUACGCUGAGGCCACAUUUCUGCUGGCUGGGACCUCCUAUGCCGGUGUCGACAUUGACCUCUUCGGCACGGCGAUAUUCCUCCUUCUCACCAUUGCUGUCAACUUCCGACUCUUUGUCAUCACUCGAACCUUCACGCUGGCUCUGAUAAUUGGAAACCUCGCAUUCGGGAUCGGCAACUUUGUAGUCACCUUUGUCUAUCAGGUAAAGUCCCCUUUUAGUCAUUCUGGCACACUUAUUAAGACAUAAAGGGGGAGAUAGGAAAUCAGGACAAUCCGUUUUGUGAAUAAGUAGGUACUACCCCGCUACCUCCUGCCAAGCGAGGGACAUUUUUUGAGUCUACAGUUGGUAAGCUAACUCAUGAAAUCGCAACAGAAAUUCCGAAAUGCGUUUCCGUUUCGAAAAGAUUAAUUAAGUAGGGUUGCAAAACCAAUCACUUUUAGCAUAAUUUCAUAAUUAUUCAAUUAGCCCAGGACGCCGGCUUUCGAACAAACGUCUUUUCGGCUGCAUCCAAAAACCAUACUCCGUAAAAGAAUGACCAUUUAAGUAGCGGGCAUUUUGUCAUUGGUUUUCGAUGCCCCUAAAAAUUCAAUUUUAUUUCAUGGAAACCAAGCACCAAAUAUUCAUUCUUCUGAUCGUGUGAUAGCAAAUUACUUCUUAUUUUUCCAAUUUUAUGCUCAAAGGAAGCCAAUAAUUCGGUUUUAAAAGGUAACAAUAUGGAUCAAAUCCACUGCUUAAUUUUAUGAACCCUAUAUGGUCCUCCUUUAUUGCCGCAGGGAAAUGUGUGGUUUUCCGUACACAGAAAAUAUCCGGCUUGUAGAUUGGAAACCUUGACUCUAAGUGUAACGCUAGAGCGGGUUCAAAAUUUUUCGGAAAUCGGAAAAGUUUUUGAAAACCAAUUUUUCCCUUCCGUCGAGUAUAAAAUUGAAAUAAAGAUAUAAUUAUCUACCGAAUGAGCAAAAGAAUGAAUAUUUUUUGCAUGUUUUCUAUGAAAUAUAAUCGAAUCUUUAAGGACAUCGAAAAUCAACGAAAAAAAUGCGUGCUAAUUAAGGCGCUUGUUCGAAAGCCGGCGUUUUGAGGUAACUGACUUAUUAUAGAAUUAUACUGCAAACUGAUUAGCUUUACAGCCCCACUUAAUUAAUCUUUUCGAAACGGAAACGCAUCUCUGAAUUUCUGUUGACAUCUCAUGAGUUAACCCACUUACUGUAAUUGACAGAAGUGCUCCUUUAAUCAAGAAUUUGGACGAAAAAGAGACCAAAAGGUACGAGAAUUCACCUGGAAUGAAUGCCCAAUUUGAGUGAGAAGCGUUUGAACAUUGAAUGUUUACUAUCUGGCUCAUGCCUACUGCCUUGCGGCAGGGUGCGCGAAGAGCGCUACUCAUAUUACGGCGGCAUUGUGCUACAUUCCAGGAGGGUUAGGUUUAGUGUUGGGGUUAAUGUUAGGACGCCGAAUUCGACGCAAGGCCACUUUUAAUACGGAGGUUCAUCCCGCCUUUCUUCACAUUCUGUCGAGUUUUGUCGAGUAAUUUGAGAACUCAUUAAGUAUGCUGUUGAAGCGGCAGGGAAGAGACAGCGAAAACACCAGCCUACGAGCAUUUCGACGACAGCAAUUCGGAGGAAAUAUUUUUAACUCAUCAAAGUGACCCAGAUUCUUGAUAGGAAUCAAAAUACUCAUAUAAAUGUAUUAUUAUCUUGAUAUGUGGAAAUUAUCAUGAAAUACGUCAGUUUACCCCCGAAGAAAUUGUCAAAAAACUAUGGGCAUUGAAUCAUAUUUUCAAAUAAUUCAUUCACAUUGAUCCAACUAUGCAAAACUCAGCGCCUCGAUGGAAUUCAAACCCACGCAGUAAGGGAAAGGCUUAAGUACAGCCAACGCUUAAACCACUUGAAAUACGAGGCCCCAACGGAUGACGCGAGUUCAAUUACAUUUGGGUCAAGUUACCCGCCCAACCUACUGCAAAGUUUGGAAUCCAUCAAAUCUGAUACAGUAAGUUGACUGCCCAAGCAGGAUUUCCUAAGUAAUUCACGUAGAAUCCACCAGAUGACUAUUAGGCUCACGUAAUUCAUAGAUAUUUGGCAGAUUUUGAAUAAUUCUAUGAAUUAUGUGAGCCUGGUAGUCAUCUGGUGGAUUCUACGUGAAGUACCUAGGAAAUCCUGCUUGGGCUGUCAGCUUACUGUAUCAGAUUUGGUGGAUUCCAGACGCUGCAGAAGGUUGGGCGGCUAACGUGACCCAACUGUGGUUAAACUCGUGUCAUCCGGUGGGCCUCGUACCUCAAGUGGUUAGAGCGUUGACUGUACUAAAGCCUUCCUCCUUACUGUGAGGGUUCGUAUUACACCAAGGCGCCGAGUUUUUCAUAGUUGGCUCAAUAUGAAUUAUUCAAAAUCUGCCACAAUAUCUAUGAAAUAAUUUAUUGGUAAAAAGACCAACGAUCUGGGCAGAAUUCGAGCCUGCGACCUUCCUACCUGAGUUAAGAAGGCCUGUCACACGGCCAUGCGAUUUUCACAUUUGAGCGGCCCCUCGUUUGUGUUAGAGCUGGUGCAGUCUAUUCGUGUCAGGGUUUUAGACGGCCACCUUAACCAACGUAAGCAAGUCUCAGGGCUUUGGAGCGGAGUCAUUUGGCUCAGGUGUCUAGAGCGCGGUUGUACUGAAGCCAUACCCCUACAAGCGCGGCUGUUACUCCGGCUCGGCCGCAGAGAGCUGCACGAUUAGGUUCGUGGAACCACUCAAAUCCGUCAAAAACACCUGUUAGAUUCCAUUCUACCCAGAUCUUUACUGGGGAAAGAAGUAAUUGUGAGCAUUGAAAAUUUUGGUUAUUGUUACUCUACUGAAACGGUAUUUGUUAAAGCUUUGGAAUUUGAAUUAGCAACGCCGGGAAAAACAGGGAGGUGGGGCAAGCAUAAAGUAAAACUAUGACAAAAUGUGAAAAAUCCAGGUCCUUGCUUGAAACGUAAAGGUUUAUAUUUGUACAGGAUGAAUUUAAAUAACUACAAACUAGUUAUAAGUAAUUAUGGGGAGCAGUUGUCUCAGUAAAUAGGGAAAACCUGCAGUAACUGUCUUAAUCCACGGCUUAGUAACUUAUGUUCUGAAAUGUGCUUUUAAUUUGACAAAAUGUAUUAGGAUUGGAUCGGAAUUUCGACUAUCAUGCAGUCUAGACCAAAGUUAUUACGGUGCGUUGGAAUUUGGACUUUCGAAUGAAGUCCUAUCCGGCCUUCUGCAGAAGUACCACUGGGUAAAAAUAGCUACUUAACUGCCAGGAAUUGUUCUCACUAUCUGCCGAUUUCCUUUUAAAUUCAAGCAUUUUUCAUAGAAGACGUGCACAUAAUAUUUCUCCCUGUAUCGAUUUGGCAGGUCACAUCUCCUUCAAAUUUUAUGCACAAAAACUAUUAUCUAUCGAUUUCAAAAAUUGUUUUCGAUCCCCAGGUCAUUUUAGUAAAAGUGUACCAGCUUAAUACUUUUUGUGUGACCAAAAUCAUACCUUUCUCUAUGGCAUUAAAGGAAUGUCCUAUAUAGCUGAUAAAAGUUUGCCGUGAGCAUGACGUUUGUCGGAUACUUCAUAGGGACAUAAAUACAGUACGUGGGCUAACUCAUGAAAUGGCAACCGAAAUUCCGAAUUGCUUUUUCGCUUCGGAAAGCUCAAUGAAGUAGGGUUGUAAAACUAGUCAGCCCUGAAUUCAAGUAUAACGGUUGAAGGGGUUCAACAUUAUUCGGGAAUUGAAAAAGUUUUUGAAAACCAAAUUAUACCCUUCCUUCGAGUAUAAGAUUGAGAGAAGACGUAAUUGUCUACCGAAUGAGCAAAAGAAUGUAUAUUUCUUGCAUGUUUUCCAUGAUAUAUAAUUGAAUAUUUAAGGUUCAUCGAAAAUCAAUGACAAAUAUUCAUGCUAUAUAUGUAGUCACUUUUUACAGAGUGCAGUUUUUACAUGCAGCCGGAAGGAAGUUCCUUCGAAAACCGGCAUCCUGUGGUAACUGAAAUAUUGUAGAACUAUGUUGCAGGCCAACUAGUUUUACAACCCUACUUCAUUAAGUUUUUCGAAACGAAAACGCAUUUCGGAAGUUUCGUUGACAUUUCAUGAGUUAGCCCACCUACUGUAAACGGAUCGGUAUGAUGCAUUUUAAAGGAAAAUUAAAUGCCGUGGCCUCUCCACAGUCUCAGUAGUAGUUUUACGGCAGUCUUGCCUAAACAUAAAGGUUGGCUUUCGCACACCGAUAUUUUACCGAGAACAACUGGAGAUUGGAGACCAACGAGACUGCCCUGUGAAGUGACGUCUUCUGUCUCCCUUUUCAACGAUUGGUUCCUGGAACUUCACUGAAUCCCAUACGCUGGUAUGACUAUCAGAUUGGGAUACGGCCAAUCAUUAUCUUAAACCAGCGGCUUGCUCACACUCGUCUUAUUUCUACGAAUAGUCAAAUCAACCGUCUGUCAAGACAUCAGCCCUGGUCUAGCAUGCAAAGUGAAAAUGUUCAAAUAGAAUUUUUAUGAUUAUUCUGAGCAAUUCAUAUUGACCCAACUGUGAAAAACUCGGCGCCUCGGUGGGAUUCGAACCCACGCGCAGCCAACGCUCUAACCACCUGAGCUACGAGCGUUGGCAGCGCUAAAGCCUUCCCCUUACUGCGUGGGUUCGAAUCCCACCGAGGUGCCGAGUUUUUCACAGUUGGGUCAAUAUGAAUUAUUCAAAAUCUGCCAAAAUGUAAAUGUAUUCUGAGUAAGCCAUAAGAGGCAAGGUGGGUGCCUUAACUUCCGUUGUCAAUUUUUGCCGAACACUCUAAUUUAAUAUGUCUCUCCGCGGUAGAGAUACUUGCAGACAUUACACGCAUUUUAGCAAUGCCACAGAACCUCCCAUUUGGCCUCGGAAUUCAAUCUUCUGUAUUCCCAUCCGACCAAAAAUCUUGUAUUCGAGGGGCGCUAAGUGAAUGCCACAUAACCCCGCCCCCCACCCGGCCUCGAAAUUCAAUCUUCUGUAUUCUCAUACGACCAAAAAUCCUGCAUUCGGGGGGGGGAGGGGGGGCUAGUGAACUUGAAGAUAUGGCAUGCGUAAUCCGCAUCAUUCUGUUUUAUCCCUCACCACAAUUACCCCACCUAAUUGAAGACCCUUUUUAUUUCUUUUCUGUACCCAGAGAGUGACUAGUUCGAGUUCAGCCUUCUACAUGAACCUCUCCUAUCUGGCUCUCUGUCCAGCCUUCUGGCUGGCCAUACCGCUGACCCUAGUCCUCGCUCUGCUGCCGGAUCUGCUCUGGAGACUGGGAUCGGAUAUUUGGUGGGCUCAGAAGAUCAGCCUGAGUUCUGAAAACGGCCAACACGGAGUUCUGAGCACCAGUCCUGGACCUGACUUCGCAGAGCUUUAA